AUGGCCACGACGCGGGGUGUCCCUAUCUGGCCCACACAACUUCGGCGGUACACCGAAAUGCUGCUGCCGAUGCAACAACGUCACAAUUAUAACUUGCAGGCGAUGCAAAUCGAUCCUGCCAGUAUCAACAGGCGCGGAGAGAAAGGGGACUGGAAAGAGUAUAUUCACCCAUCGGGAGCAACAUAUUACUACAAUGCCAAAAUGGCUCGAGUCUUGGAUCAAUGCAUCAAGAUCCAAGAUAAUUGGAAAAUGAUGGGUACUGCAAGAGGGGAGGAGAUUUUCCCAUACUAUUAUGUGGUCCCGGAGAGCAAAAUCAUUACUUGGGUUGAACCAAUGGACGGUUACAUUCUAUUCCAGGAAUGCACGGCAGCUUGGCACUGGAACCACAAAAGACUCGAGCUUGAAGCUCAAUACUGGAAACACGUUGAAUAUUUCCCACUUGGGAUGGAAAUGCGUGUCUCAGAAGUAAGAAACUUGCGGGUGAAGUUGAAUUGGUACCGUGUAGGCGAGUUUGUUUUUGGCUUUGCAAUGUCCGAGCAGAAUAACCAAGUAACUAACAGAAGCGCUGGCUAUGGAACAAUCUACUGCCACUACCAUAUUUUGGACUCUGGACCAAAUGAAAGAGAUGGCCACAGAGCUGGCCAUUACCGACAUCAUCAAUUAAGGAGUGACAAAGGUCACCAUGAAUACCUGAACCACUACGGCCAACAUGAGGCCCGCUUGAUUCGAACCCAUUCAGUGGGCGAGAGACACAGGGAUCUGGAGGAUUCUCCCUUCAUGAUUGGCCUUGCGGUCACCAUGCUUUGCAUUCUGAUAAUGGUGCUCAAACGCUUGAGGAAUAUCUAUGUCGAUGGACUCGUAAAUGGGGUAGACAUAAGGGGAUUCACGGAUGAUUUCGCUGUGCAGGCUAAAUCUCAAACUACUGUGGCAUAUUACCUGCAAGGAAAGAUGCCAAGUCUUGUGAUCCUCACAAGUAUCUUCACGGCUGACUUUGGACUUCCCUUAUCUGCAAGGCUCGGGUGCGGGCUGACCUUUGUAGUGGGGGCGGGCCUAGUUAUUCCACUCAUGAUCGCCAGCCUUGGGCCUGGGCUGAUUCGGCAAUAA